AUGACUGGAUGUAGACAGGCUGCCCAAGACAGCUUGACCUGGGGCCCACCCCUGGGAUCAACACCACCAGUUUCCCAGGAGGCUCCCAUCAGGCCCCCAGUGAGCCAGCAGGCACCGUGGCCACAGAGGCCCUGUACAGAGGGCAGUCGGCCCACAUCCCAGGCCAAGCCUCCACCUCCCAGUGUCUAUCAGAACUUUCGGCGCUGGCAGCAACUGAAGGCCUUGGUCUGGAAGAAACUUCCACAGACUCCUGAUGGGGAGGCACUUGCCUGCUUCUUCAUCCCAGUGCUUCGGUCCCUGGCCCGGCUGAAUCCCACCAUGUCCCUGGACGAGGGCCUGUGGAGAGGCCUUCAGGAGUGGGAAGGCAUUAGCAAUUACGAGCGCAUGAACUUUCACGAGAUGGCGGCCAAGUUCAUGGAAUUUGAGGCUACGGAGGUGAUAGAGAAUUCAAAGUUGCAGGGCAUUAUGCAGGUCCAAGGCCCGCCUCCUGCCAUCCCACUGAAGCCAGAUUCUCCAAGGCCCUCAUCCCCCGACAUUCUCCAGCAGCCAGAGGGCAACUCCAGCAAGACUGGCCUCAAGGCUCAGCCUGCUCAGCCAUCAGCAUCCAAAGGUCAGAGGCCGCCAGAGACCAAGGCACCCGAGGAGAUCCCACCUGAAGCCGUGGAGGAGUACAUGGCCAUCAUGGACUGGCUGGAGGGCCUUCCUGAAUUGUGCACCCACGACUCUGGGGGAACAUCCAAAGAGAACAUAGCCAUCAUGGACUGGCUGGAGGACCUUCCAAAAUCGUCCACUGAGGAGUCUGAGGAAACAUGCAAAGGGGAAGGAGUGGAGCAACAGCAGGAUGACUAUGAUAUCUGCUCAGACCCAGACUUCCUGAGCUACAUUGACCAGCUCUGCUUCCAGGAGGAUUUCAUGGCAGAUGUGGAGGCCAUCAUACAUACCAGAUUUAUGGAACGAUUGCUUUCCUCAAAAUCAGACAUGAGUAUCUUAGACCUAAGUGAGGAGCUAGAACACACUGACACCCUCUUCUUCCUGCUCCAGGUGGAGGCCAUCAUUCAUCCCAAAUUCCUGGAAGAAUUGCUUUCCUCCAAACCAGAGCUGGAUCUUGAGGCCCUAAUUGAGGAGCUGGAACAGGAACAAGGACUCACCCCUGAGCAGAUAGUGGAGAAACGUCUUGGGGCACCCAGAGUAGCCUCAAGUGUUUCUGAGUUGGCCAUCUGCCAAGGUGCAGAGAGAAAUGAGCAGAGCCCCCAACAAGCAGUCAGUGCAGAUACCAUCACUCUGCAUAUCGUUUGCAGUGAUGAUCAGAGCCAUGGUGGCACAGAUGCAGAGCACCUGACACCUGCUGCUGCUGCUGCUGCUGCUCUCCAGGGGGGUCCCAGGUGUCCUUCAGUAGGAACCACUUGGUCCACUGCUUGUCCCCAGGAACAUGGAUCCCUUCCCCAGAGACUGGGGUCUGGAGAUGCCGUGAAUCACAUGGAAGAGUCUCCUGCUGGCACUCCACGCAAGCGAGCAGGGGACAGGAAGGUGGGCAAGGAAGGUGUCCCCAGCCUGGCUUCCUUGUUGGGCUCUGAGUACUGUCUCCUGCCCUGGGGACUAUCUCAGAGCCCCAGGUCCCCCACCACCCUCCUGUCCUCUGGACUCCAAGCCCCCGGGCCUUCACUGUGCAAGAGAAGUGGCCACAGCCUGGAUCCCCCUCCACUUGCCAAGUCCAAGAAAAGGGCUCGCAUUGGAGACUCAUGCACCCCAGCAAAGAAGCCCUGCCCAGGGUCUCACUUUGAGGAGUUUGCAAAGCAGGACUUGGCUUUGGGACUGAAUCGUCCCGCACAGCCUCAGAAUAGAAAAUGUGAGGCAUCGGAAGUUCAGAAGAAGAGGAGGAAAAAGAAAAAUCCUUGA